AUGAGCAAUCGCGAAUGGGGCAUCACAGACGAACCUUUUUUUGUCGCAGAUCUAGGGCAGGUCAUUCGUCAGCACCGCCGCUGGAGAGUGAAUUUACCCAAUGUUCAUCCGUUCUAUGGUGCGUACGUCAAAUCUACUACGUGUUGUGGUACUAGAGCCAAUACUGACGAUAGAUGCCCAGCGGUGAAAUGCAACCCGGACCCUACGCUGCUCCGACUGCUCGCUGAACUCGGCACUGGUUUUGACUGCGCGUCGACCGAGGAACUAAGAGUUGUCCUCAAUCUUGGGGUCGAUCCAUCACGCAUCAUAUUUGCCAAUCCGUGCAAGUCAGCCUCGUCGCUCCUCUUCGCGGCCAGGACGGGAGUAACUUUGACAAUCUUUGAUAAUCUGGACGAAUUGGAGACUAUUCGAGCGUUUCUUCCCAAUGCACGGCUUGUGCUGCGGAUCUAUGCCUGCGACAAUGAUGCUCUCAUCAAGCUGGGCGAGAAAUUCGGCGCCCCUGUCGAGACUUCAUUCAUUCUGAUGCAACGUGCGCGAGAACUGGGCUUGGAGGUUUGCGGGGUAAGCUUUCACGUCGGUACGGGAGCGUCAAACGCUUCGGCAUAUGUGAGUGCCAUUGGACAUGCCAAAAUGGUGUUUGAGCUGGGGAAAGGCCUGGGCUACGAUAUGAACCUCCUAGAUAUUGGCGGCGGCUACCAGGAUAGCAGCUUUGAAAAAAUUGCACAGUCUAUACGAGGCGCCCUCGUGGAAGUCUUUCCGUCUAGGACACGUAUUAUUGCAGAGCCAGGGCGCUACUAUGCUCGAAGCGCCUAUACCCUUGCCUGCAAUGUUCUAUCCCGCCGAUGCCACAUCGCUGAGGCCGCUCAGGGACGCCCAGAAAUGCUUUAUCAGAACGACGGCGUGUACGGGAGCUUUAUGAAUGUUCUUCUUGAGAAAGAAGUGGCGCACCCGUCAUUGAUCCCCUGCGGUUCACCGUACCGCCUCGGGGACUCAAAGCGUGCGCGUGGACCGCAUCGGUACUCAAUUUGGGGUCCUACCUGUGAUAGUGUCGAUUGUGUUGUACGAGAAACUACAUUGGAGUCAGAAGUCCGCGUGGGGGACUGGCUGAAGUAUAGUAAUAUGGGUGGUGAGCCUCCAUCAUGA